UGCAGAAGUGUCCCCAGCGAGGGCUUUGCCAGACCCUCGGCUGCUUCCUGCGCUGGAGCCCAGCUGGUAUCCCAGGGGUCCUCUAACAGCGAAGGAAAACGCUGAACUAAGAAAAUCUUCCCCAACAUCCUCUGACAUCGUAGAGGAUAUCAUCAAGGAGUUAGAGGAGGCAGCACCUGGGAUGGUUAGAGAGACUGUGCCGAAGGAGGUGCUUUGGCAAGGAAGCGGUCGCACGCUGCCGCUCCCUGGCAAAAGAACAGAGGCAACACAGGCAACUACUACACCAGAAGUGUCCCCAGGGAGGGCUUUGCCAGAUCCUCGGCUGCUUCCUGCGCUGGAGCCCAGCUGGUAUCCCAGGGGUCCUCUAAGAGCAAAGGAUAAAGCUGAAAGAAUAAAACCUUCCCUGUUGUCCUCUCACAUCAUAGAGAAAAUCAGAAAGGACUUAGAGAAGGCAGCACCUGGGAUGGUUCGAGAGACUGUGCCGAAGGAGGUGCUUUGGCAAGGAAGCGGUCGCACGCUGCCGCUCCCUGGCAAAAGAACAGAGGCAACACAGGCAACUGCUACACCAGGCGUGGAUGGGGAGAACAAUGCAAACACUGCAAAACCCCAAAAUUUCCAAAGUUACUGCAUAGAAGGCGCUGCAGCAUUCUUGGUUCCCCUCCUGCUUGUGACAGUUGCGUGCUGCGUGCUUAUCCGGCGUUGGAGGCAGAAAAAUCAGCGCCUCGCCGCAGCCCAGGCAGCCCAGACUGACACCCGCAGCCGCUCCGUGAGCCCGUACAGGCGGCCUGACCACCGUGGUAUGCCUGAGAGCCAGGCCCAACGCCAGCGGCCACCAUCAGUGCCUGGAAGACCGGCCCGCCUGCCACCAGCCCGGCCUCCACGGCCCCCACGUCCCCCACGCCCAGCAGCAGACCAAUGGAAGGCGCGCGACCGGCCCAGUACCCCCCAGUCCUCGUGGACACAGACAUCACCUCCACGGCCCCCCCCACCCUCUUCCAAGGGCUGGGGCAGGCCCCCCCAGGGUGCAGCCCAGGCCACAGUUUCAAUAAAUAUUGAAUAAUACA